AUGAUGAGCACGAUACAGAACAUCAAGAACUUUAUUCGACACGGCAAGCAAGCCCGCCUGGUCACCCCGCACGCAGAGCCCACGACCGACGUCUCUACCGUCCACGCCGAACCCCAACCCCAGCCCCAGGGCCAAUUUGCCCCCGCCCUCGGUGCCUUUGAGACGACAGAGGCCCGCCACCAGGCCGGCAACGGUCACGCGGCAGCCUCCAAAUCCGAAGCCCAAGCCCAAGCCAAGCACGAUCGGUCUGCAGAAAUUGAGCGUCUGGUCCAAGAAGAGAGACAUAGCCGCUCCAAGAUGCCCCAAUAUCCCGGCUUGGACCGCUGGAUCUUGCUGGAGAAGAUGGGUGACGGUGCCUUCAGUAAUGUCUACCGGGCGAGAGACUCAACGGGCCAAUUGGGCGAAGUGGCCAUCAAGGUGGUGCGCAAGUUUGAAAUGAAUAGCAAUCAGCGAGCCAAUAUCUUGAAAGAGGUCCAGAUCAUGCGCAAUCUCGAUCACCCCAACAUCGUGAAAUUGGUCGAUUUCUCCGAGUCUCGGCAAUACUACUACAUCAUUCUGGAGCUCUGCCCGGGCGGAGAGCUCUUCCACCAAAUCGUGCGAUUGACAUACUUCAGCGAAGACCUGAGCCGCCACGUAAUUACCCAAGUUGCAAAUGCUAUCGAAUACUUGCAUGAAACAUCAGGCGUGGUCCAUCGUGAUAUCAAACCCGAGAAUCUGCUCUUCUACCCCGCUCCUUUCGUACCCAGCACACAUCCCAAGCCCAAGCAGCCAGGUGACGAAGACAAGGAGGACGAAGGCGACUUUAUCCCCGGUGUCGGGGCUGGCGGCAUCGGCACCAUCAAGAUUGCCGACUUUGGUCUGUCCAAGGUGAUUUGGGACAGCCAGACCAUGACGCCAUGCGGAACUGUGGGUUACACGGCCCCCGAGAUUGUCAAGGAUGAACGGUACUCGAAGAGUGUAGACAUGUGGGCCAUGGGAUGUGUGCUCUACACCCUCCUUUGUGGCUUCCCACCUUUCUACGACGAGAGUAUCCAAGUCUUGACGGAGAAGGUGGCGCGGGGACAAUACACAUUCUUGUCUCCCUGGUGGGACGAUAUCUCCAAGUCGGCUCAGGACCUGAUCUCCCACCUGUUGACUGUGGACCCCGAGAAGCGAUACACCAUCAAGGAGUUCCUCGCUCACCCAUGGAUCCGCCAGACCAACGAAGAGACCACCGCAGCUGCCGACGCGCCUCCUUUGGCGACUCCGUACGGUCCAGCCCGCCAGGACGGCCCCCAGCUCAACCCUGUUGGCGCCGACCAAGCGCCCUACCAGCCCGCCAGCUCCCGCUUUCUGGAUGCGCCUUCAGUGGCUGGCGACCGACGGAUGGAUUUCCGUUCGCCCGGAGCCUUCAAUUUGCGUGAAGUCUUCGAUGUGGGUUAUGCGGUUCACCGACAAGAGGAGGAAGGCAAGCGUCGUCGUGGCCGUCAGCAGAAUGCUGCCCGAAGCGGUCACCCGUUGGCUGGCUUCCAGUCUGCCCUGGGUUCUUUGAACGAGGACUAUGAUGACGAGCCGGAGUACCGGGGACGCAGUGAAGAGACCUCAGAUCUGCCCCCUAACAAGGUCGCCAAGGGCAACAACCACGCAGGUGACAUGGCUGGUAUGGAGGCCAAGCUUCGGUCGACGAACCUUGGCACCCAGAGCAGUGCGGCUCAAGCUCGACAGGCCAACCGUCAGCCCAAGCAGCAGGGCUAUGGGCAACACGAUGCCAAGGUUGCUGCCGCGGCAAAGAGUGCCAUUGGCAGAAGAACGCAUGAGCCAUUCGAGCUCAGCCUGGAUGGCGCCACCCUGCUUGAGAAGCGUGGCCGGCGCAACCAGGGGCAGCCCGUUGCCUGA